AUGUCCACCACAACGGUCGAAACUCAAGUCGGCGUUCAGCCCGACAUCCAAUAUCAUCCCGACUAUCAAAAGUACAAAGCACGUACGCAGCGUCGCAAGGCGACCGAGGAUCUUAUCCAGACUCUCCCUCCAGGCUUCCCUGCGCAGCUGUCAUCGCCUCUUGUCUGGGAGGGUAAAGACAUCGAAAGCCGAGAUGACUGGAUCUACAAACUGAGCGAAGAGCAGCUGAACGAGAUCGACGCCGCCUUGAAGCACUUCCAAUCACUCAAACUCCCCUUGGGAUACAUCGACGAAGUAACCUUUCCGCUCCCGGGUCUCCGCCCCGUCCUCCGGGCACUCUCGAAAGACCUUCAUCUCGGCCGGGGCUUCUUCGUCCUCCGCGGCCUCCGCGUGGAGAACUACUCCCGAGAAGAAAAUAUCAUCAUCUACGCGGGAGUCUCGUCCCACAUCGGAAGCAUUCGCGGCCGGCAGGAAGACACCCGCUUCACGAAUGGAACUUCCCUGGUCCUGUCGCAUAUCAAAGACCUCUCUGGGUCCGUGGACAAAUGGCGAAUCGGCGCCCCGUCCAACACGGCAGAUAAGCAGGUCUUCCACACCGAUGUGGGCGAUAUCGUCUCUCUGAUGUGCCUGCAGCCGGCGGCCGAGGGCGGCGAGAGCUAUCUUUCCAGCAGCUGGCUCGUGUACAACAUCCUUGCUAGGGAGCGGCCUGAUCUAAUUCACACGCUGGCACAAGACUGGCCCGUGGACGGAUUCAACAACCCAGAAAAACCCUACACGAACCGCCCACUCCUCUACCACCAACCCGCCACCGAGUCCGCCCCCGAGCGUGUCCUGAUCCAGUACGCGCGACGCUAUUUCACCGGCUUCCUUGCGCAGCCUCGUUCCCCGCACAUCCCGCCCAUCACGGAAGCACAGGCCGAGGCGCUGGAUGCCCUGCACUUUCUGGCAGAGGAGCACCGCGCAUCAUUGGACUUUCAACGUGGAGAUGUUCAGUACGUCAAUAAUCUGAGCAUCUUCCACGCCCGGAACGGAUUCCGGGACGAACCUGGGAAGGAACGCCAUUUGAUGAGGCUGUGGCUGCGUGACCCGGAAUAUGCAUGGGAGACGCCGGAGCCGCUGCGUCCACGCUGGGCUAAUGCAUAUGAGGGUGUCCUCCCGGAGGAGCAGGUUCUUCCUUUGGAGCCGAGACUUAGGAAGACGAUUGGUUCCUAG